UAGUCCAUCCUCUUUGACCCCACAUGCAGUACCACAAACAACCUAACCUGGUCGGUGAUUAUUGUGUACAGUGAUUACUAAAGUUCAUUGAUACCGAAAAGGAGCAGUAAUAAAAUAGUAUUCUAACAAUGCCAGUGAAACUUAUUGGCCGUACCACUGACUUCAGUGGAAAAACUCUGUGGGAACUCGUUGGAAACCUUAAGAAUCAUGGAAAAGGUAGAAUCAUCAUCAGACAAAAAUUUCAACGCUAUCCUGAACCUUCAUUCAUAAAGAUACUUAAAGUUGGAGCACUACCUCCAGAACUGCAGACAUCUCCUAAACAUGCGCCAGAGAAAAUCCGAAAAUGCAUGGUUCUUGUGGAAGCAACAUUCAGAGGGCAGAAAGAUCCCCGGAUAAAACAGAUGGAUGGAGCAACCUACAAAACUGACUAUCGAUUGGUACCGAAAGAUGAGGAACACAAGUACGUCUACUGGGUCAAUCGCCCCGAGGUAAUUCUACCGAGAACGAUGGAGUUGCCUCCCCUGCUCAGCGAAAUUAUGGUUAGGAAUUUGAAGGCAAAGGGAGAAAAAGUUGAUAAGCCGCCAGAAAUGAAUAUUAUUUACAACCUCAUGGGUAUGAAGGUUUAUAGAGUUGCUGAGGAAGGAGAAACACCUACAAAACAGCCCAAAAUUUCUCUGGGUGAACCGGCAAGUCCUGGACUUUAUGCAAAUGUUAAACCGAUCUAAUUUAAAUGUUGGUGAGUCGUAAGAAAUGAUAAACUGUACAGUCAUUGAAAAUAUAAGAUUUUUAAGUUGAAACUUUUA